AUGACAAGUGAAGCAGAAACUAAAAAAAAAGUUGAACUUCGUAAAUCUCAACGUAAAAACAUUCCAUUAAUGAUAUUAUCAAUAAUUAUCACUACUUCUGUAUUAACAUUCGCUUUAUUUGAUCAACUUCCAUGGACAAUUACAAUUGAUAAUAAUAUAAAAACUUUAUCAUUAGAAAAUCGUUUAAUAUUUACUAUUCAACUUUUAUUUAUUGAUUGUUUUCCAUUAUUAUUCUCCAUAUUUGCUGUCAUUCAUCGACGUGUAACAACUAUUGCUCUUAAUCCAUUAGAUCCAAAAGGACAAAUCUUAGUUGAACAACGACAACGUAUUUUACAAAAUACACUUGAACAAUUAAUUAUUAAAUUGAUUCUUUCAUUAACGCUUUGCACGAUAAUUCAACCAAAUGAAUUAACUCUUUUACCUGCUUUUACUAUUCUUUUUGGUAUUGGUCGAUUUACUUUUGCAUUUGGUUAUCCAAAGUAUCGAUCAUUUGGCUUUUUAAUGAAUCUUACUAGUACUAUUUUUGUAUUUAUACUUAUUAGUCAUCGAUUAUUUAUUCAAGGAACUCUCUUACAAUAUGUAAAAUGACCCAUAAGAAAAGAAGAUCAAUUAAUUGAAUGUCGUAUAAAUACGAAAUCUUAA